UCACUUCCUGUUUAAACAUGGCGGCGCGCUGUUAAAUGUGACAUUACUUCUGCUGCUGAAAACAUACAGUUAUUUACGUUUUUACUUUAUUAUAUGACCAGCAAUUAGGGCGACAUCUGAGGAGAUUUUGCGUUACUUCGGUCAAGGAUUAUCCAGCCAGCAUACAACAUGGUUCAUUUAUCAUCACUCCUGCUGAAAAAGUACCAUGCGGGCUAUGUCGUCAUCCGAUUAGCUCUUGCAGGCCACAAACAAGCAAACAGACCCUUUUAUCGCAUUGUGGCAGCUUACAACAAAAGGGCCAGAGAUGGUAAAUACAUAGAGCAGCUGGGUACCUAUGACCCACUCCCGAACAUCUACAAUGAGAAACUCGUCAGCUUCAACUUUGACCGAAUCAAGCACUGGAUCGGCUGUGGCGCUCACCCGACAAAGCCAGUGGCCAAACUUCUAGGGAUUGCUGGAUUUUUCCCUCUGCACCCCAUGACAAUAACAGAGGCAGAGCGUCGAAGAGCCAAAGCAAUGCUGACGGAAACAGCAACAGGAACAGAGGGUGGUCAGGAGGAGGCACAGAAGGAGGCUGAAGUGUGAGAAUUAAAGCUGGAAACUGCAUGUGACUGUCCAGAACAUGAAGAUGUCACAGUCAUCUGGACACACAAGCAACUGAUUUGAUUCCUUACUUGUUUGGUGGACUGGAGGAAGCAAUGUCAAAUAUGGUAUAUUAUAGUUGUAGCUGCUUUAGUAGCAGCUCUGAACAACUCAUAUUUAAACUGAGUCUUGAUCGAAUUCAUUAACGUCAGGUUUUGUUUUUGAGAGUGGCGUGCAUAACAGGCAGUUGUCCGCAUUUACUGUUUUGUUUGAUUUAAAUAAAGUAUUUCAUUAUUAUUGCAUUUCUUUGACAUUAA